AUGACUCCUAUGAAGAAGUCUCAUCACGAGUUCAUGUUGUCAUGUCGUCUUUUAAUCGAGACCAAACCCAAAAGAAGAAUAAAAUGUGAUUUUGAUUACUUCGACAUAACAAUAAAACUUACGGUGAAUUGUGAACUCGGGAGUUUGAUUUAUACACCUUCUCGAAUGGACAUCGCUUAUCCAUCCAGUAUAAAUAAAGCAGCAAUUUUUGAUGGACAUUACAGCAUUAAUAAGUACUUACCAGAAGAGUCGAUCUUCUCUGUAAAGCAGCAUAAUUUUCAUCGUCAAAAAAUUAUAAAAAAAAAUAAGCAACAACAUUGA